UCUGUCUCGCCUACUCUCCGAGGCGGGCAGAUGUCAACUGCUGUCGUGGACGGAGGCCUCAUUGUCUUUUCACCGAACCCUCCAAGAGUAUGGAUGCCUUUCGGGUUGUAGAUUUGCGAAGUGACACGGUCACCCAGCCAACUCUGGAGAUGCGACAGGCCAUGAAAGACGCCGUCGUUGGGGACGAUGUCUUUAAAGAGGAUCCCACAGUGAACGAGCUUGAAAGAGUUGUGGCCGAGUUGUUCGGGAAAGAAGCUGCGCUACUGGUACCUACACGGACGAUGGGAAACUUGGCUUCAGUAAUGACCCACUGCACCAAGAGAGGUCAAGAGAUCCUUGUCGGAGACUCAUCGCACAUUUUCCGGAAAGAACACGAAAGCGUUACCAAGAUUGCGGGGAUGCAGACUUGGGCGGUACCAACUGAGGCCAACGGCUCGCUUCGCAUCGAAGACCUGCUAUCCAGAGUGCGGCAAAGCGAGCUUCAACAACGUCCCCUACCUUCCUUGCUUUGCCUGGAGAACACGCACAAUGUCUGCGGUGGCACGGUCCUCCCCAUCGAGUAUCUCAACAAGGCAUCACAGUUCAGCAAACACAGCAAAAUCCCUAUUCACAUGGACGGAGCGAGACUCAUGAAUGCUGCCACCUACCUCGACCAACCGGUAGCCGAGAUUGUCAAGGGGUGCGACUCGGUCAUGAUGUGCCUAACUAAGGGACUGGCUUGCCCCGGUGGUUCUGUUGUUGCUGGUUCCAAGGAAUAUGUGCAAGGUGUGUCUCGAGCGCGCAAGGUACUCGGAGGGGCCAUGACUCAAGUUGGCAUCUUGGCUGCUGCGGGCCUCGUGGCCCUCAAGACAAUGGUGCCUCGGCUCCGCGAAGACCACGAGAACACUCAGCGACUUGCCAGAGGUGUGUGCCUUGAGCAAAACCCCUUCAUCAGCAUUAAUUUGAACACUGUUCAGACCAACAUCGCUAUCAUUGACUUCACAGACGAUCUGUCUCCCGUCACGUUCUGCGAACGUCUCCAAAAGGUGAGCCCCAGAGAACUCGAAGAUCUCGAUGAAGCGAUCGUCGUCAAGAUGCUUCCCUACGGCCCAACCAAAGCUCGAGCUGUGCUGCAUAAAGACAUCAGCACUGACGACGUGGACGCAGCCGUCACCAAAAUACGUUACAUUCUCAACGAGUUGUGCCGCCAUGUUCCUGCAUACUGAUCUUAGCCGGCAUGAACUGUACAGUCGCUUUUAAAGCUGUGUUCUUCAGUGCAGAUGUGAAAGCGGUGCUCUGGAGUGUGCCCCACAGAUCGCCCCUCCAGAGCCAACGGAUGUGUUAACCCGGGUACAGGGGAAUUAACCAUACAUCGACUUUGAGCCCUUCUCGUCUCAGGGAGUUCUUUUUUACCUCGUGAAAGUUCCAAGAGGCACUUGAAUGAGUAUGUAAACAGACCUAGGGCUUAGCAACCUCACCACAAUAGUGUACAUAAAAUGAACCGAGAGCUUGGAUGAGGCACUUUAAGGGUGAAGUAGUUGACACGUUGCUUGACCGUUCGUUGAAAACCAUCUGUGCAAAGCUGUUUAUCUGUGGGUUAUAUUUGUGACUAAAAUUGCGGGUUAGUAGCUUAAAAAAGUUACAGGUUCUGACGCUCUAACUUAUGUUUUAUAUGUAAUCAGUAUAGUAUAAAUGUGCCAAUUGCAUCGCUUGAGCACUGCCAUGAUUGAUACGAAAGUUUAGAUUAUGAAAGUAAGAUAACAUCAAUAAAAUAUAUUAUAUUUUUU